ACUCAUUGCGGAUCGGUUUGAUGAUCCCCUUCUUGUUUAGGAUGCGCUCAUUAGAUUAGGAUGGAUGGCCAUUUACUCAUUUGGGGGCAUUGAGGUGUUGUGGCGUAAAUGAAAAUACGUCGCUUGAAUGAGCAAGGAGAAGAAGAAGAUGAUGGUGAUGAAAUGCAAAGUGAAGAGUUAACAAGAAGUUUUUCAGAAUUACUUUUUGCCUAUUCGUUGGAGACUGAAGACUGCUUAACUUCCAAGAGUGACGACGAAGAAAAUUCUUUCGCGGCCUAUUCGAUAGAACAAGUGGAAAAGGUUCCCAAUAACGCUUACUCGGAAGACAGUGAAGCCAAAAAUACAACCUUAUUAUUUCAUUGCCUACCACAAGGGACACUAGAAAAGCAAUGGCUUCUCAACAGGUUCAAUUGGCCAACAAGAGCUCUUCAGGUUUCAUUUUCGUCAGGGAUUCGCCGACGAAGGAAGAACAAAAGUUUUGGACGUCAACAGAAUCUCCCCAGGUGGCUUCCGCUUUUAAGGAAACUUUCUGUUUCAGAACAAGACAGAGACGAAACACGUGAAGUUGUGGACAAGGAAGAGAGACAGGUUUGCGAACUAUUAUCCAGCGUAUCCUUGUCCCACAGACGAAGAAAAACUAUUUGGACUCCGCAUAAAACUAAGAAGUUAGGUUGGGUGGUAACUGUCUCGUUUCCAUGAAAUUUUCUUCCACUGAAAAAUAGUGUACUCAAGAUUGUUACAGUAUGUACAAAGUAUGUUUGCAAUAGAGAAACUCUGCUUCUUAUAAAAAAUGUAAUGAAUAACAAAAUGUACAU